AUGGCAGCAAUGGCAGCAAUGGCAGCAAUGGCACCGAGGGAAGAUGAGACAGGUGACGGCGGAAAUGACCAGAACGACACACGCACCGCACGGCAGAAGGGCGCAGGAAGGCCGGUCGCCAGGAAAGGCAGGACACUUUUCUGGAGUGAACGGCCGCAGUCGAAGGGGAGUCGUAGCAAUCGUGUCUGCCUGAUAGACGAGCUAGGGAGCCUCCUGAUUGGCUGGAUGGCGCAGUAA